GCGGAGCGUCGCCCUGAGCUCACCGAGCAUCCUCGCCGCAGCCCUCCAGCUCGAUCGGCGGCGGGGCCGGACCGCAAGCAAUCAUGUUUGAAAUUAAGAAGAUUUGCUGCAUUGGUGCUGGUUAUGUUGGUGGGCCAACCUGUAGUGUUAUUGCACAGAUGUGUCCCAGUAUCAAAGUUACUGUUGUGGAUGUCAAUGAGGCCAGAAUCAAUGCCUGGAAUUCAGAUACGCUCCCAAUCUAUGAGCCAGGGUUAAAAGAGGUGGUAGAAUCCUGUCGAGGAAGAAACCUCUUCUUUUCCACCAGUAUUGAUGAUGCCAUUAGAGAAGCAGAUCUUGUAUUUAUUUCUGUUAACACUCCAACAAAGACCUAUGGGAUGGGAAAAGGCCGAGCAGCUGAUCUGAAAUACAUUGAAGCUUGUGCUAGACGAAUUGUACAAAAUUCAAAUGGCUAUAAAAUUGUCACUGAGAAAAGCACAGUUCCAGUACGUGCUGCAGAGAGCAUUCGUCGAAUAUUUGAUGCUAAUACUAAGCCUAACUUGGAUUUGCAGGUGCUGUCUAACCCAGAGUUCCUUGCAGAAGGAACAGCCAUCAAGGACCUGAAGAACCCAGACAGAGUGCUUAUCGGUGGAGAUGAUUCUCCAGAGGGACAGAAAGCUGUCCGUGCUCUUUGUGCUGUUUAUGAGCACUGGGUGCCCAAAGAAAAAAUCCUCACAACCAAUACCUGGUCAUCAGAACUUUCUAAACUGGCAGCUAAUGCUUUCCUUGCCCAAAGAAUCAGCAGCAUUAACUCAAUCAGUGCUCUGUGUGAAGCUACAGGAGCAGAUGUUGAAGAAGUAGCAAGAGCUAUUGGAACAGACCAAAGAAUUGGAAAUAAGUUUCUCAAAGCCAGUGUUGGAUUUGGAGGUAGCUGUUUUCAGAAGGAUGUCUUGAAUUUAGUGUACCUCUGUGAAGCACUGAACUUACCUGAAGUAGCCCGCUACUGGCAACAGGUAAUAGACAUGAAUGAUUAUCAGAGAAGAAGAUUUGCUUCCCGCAUUAUUGACAGCUUGUUCAAUACCGUCACUGAUAAGAAGAUUGCUAUUUUAGGGUUUGCAUUCAAAAAGGAUACUGGGGACACAAGAGAGUCAUCCAGUAUCUACAUUAGCAAGUACUUAAUGGAUGAAGGAGCAAAGCUCCAUAUCUAUGAUCCUAAAGUACCUAAGGAACAAAUCAUCUUGGAUCUCUCACAUCCAGGUGUCUCAGAAGAUAACCAAGUGUCUCGGUUGGUCACUAUCAGCAAAGAUCCCUAUGAAGCCUGUGAUGGAGCUCAUGCCCUUGUAAUUUGCACUGAAUGGGACAUGUUUAAGGAGUUGGAUUAUGAACGUAUUCAUAAGAAGAUGCUGAAGCCUGCAUUUAUCUUUGAUGGUAGAAGAGUUCUAGAUGAUCUUCACAAUGAGCUACAAGUCAUUGGCUUCCAGAUUGAAACAAUUGGGAAGAAGGUGUCAGCCAAAAGAAUUCCUUUUGCCUCUUCUUGUGAAAUUCCUAAGUUCAGCCUGCAGGACCCACCUGUCAAAAAGCCUAGAGUAUAAUGUUUAAUAGGUACUGAAGGAAUUCUGUGGACCUUCUUAGUGAUAAUAACUGUAAGCCUAUGCUUUUUUUAAGGAAAGAUAUUUUUCAUAAACUAAACCAAUUUUACAUUAGAAAUGGUACCUGGUACAUGUGAAUUCAGUCUAUUUUCAAAUCUCUAUUUUUAUAGCAAUUUUUUUGGUUACUGAAGAUGGUACAGACCUGUUUUUAAUAAUGAAUCAUCUUUUAAGUGGAAAAGUUACAUUCAAACUGCAGAUUUCUGCUGCCAGAAAUGUUCCUAAACUGCACUUUAAAUGUUUCAAGUGAUAUGAAAGCAAAAGAAAUAGAAUAUCUUUUUACUUUAGUCCAGUUAUGGACAAUGAUCAAGAACUUUGGUCUCACCAACUUUUCAUUUUCUUUUAGGGUAAAUCUUUGCCCAGUUAAAUGUUUGCUUUAACUGGCACUGAAGUCAAAAGAUAAGUUCUAAGUGAAUUUGGCAGGAUUUGGGUUGAGCCCUAAAAUAGAGCUGACUGCAACAAUAAUACCCGGAUCCUGGUUGGGAUCACUUGGCACUGAUGCAGUCUAAACUGCAUCUGUUAGGAGGCCAGGUAGUUCUGCAGGCAUCUAUCAUGUAAUUAAUGACAGUGGACUAGCAGCUAUAAACUGAUCCACUGGCAGAUCUUCACUUUUUGAUUCUUUGGUUGACUUGCCUACAUUCCAUGUGCAGCCACGUAAAUUAUUGAUCUAAUCAGAUUCCUGGGGCAAGCUUUUCCUAAGUUACAGCAAUACAACCCAUCUUCAGCAGAGGAGCAUUCUGCUUGUUUGAACAUUGAAUUUAAGCAGAAUUACCUUAAUUUGGUGUCAGUCCAGGUAGAAAGCAAAUAUUGGCUUCAAAGCUACCUGAUGGUUAUCUUUUUCCUUCCUUUCUGCUUACGUACUUCAUCUGAAAGCAGCUUUCUCAAUGAAUCUGCAAAAUUAUUCUCGGCUGUUAAGAAAUUAUUAAAAAUAAAAAUUCAGCCCCAUAAGUUAGCUUGCUACCUCAUUUAAUUAGCAGGAAUGAAUACUUCCUAUGUUAUCUUGAUAUUUUUGCCUUUACUUUAUUUCUACUUGUUUUUAUUAUUCUCAAUUGGCCAGUGCUAUUAAAAUCCUUGAUGACAGA